AUGCGGCGCCUGCGUGAGUCCUACCCUGGUGAACGCAUUUCUACGUGCUCUGUGAAGCGCCUGUACAAGUCCCUCUUGGAGCUGCUCCCCAUGCCUCCGGCGGCUGCGGGCGUUAGUGUGCCCAGAUCGCGCCGCAAGCUGCACCGCACCGAUGCACAGCCAACCCAGAUACUAGACUUCACUCCAGAACCUUGGUUUGCCAAGUUUCUUAUUAUCCACGGAGAAGACAAUACGAAGCCUUUGACCAAAAUAUCACCGUUUGUCGUUGCUAGGGACCUUGAGAAAAUCAUUGGAAAAUCCUACACAGCAAAGAAACUGCCGACAGGAGACAUACAAAUCGAAGUACAAACGAAACUGCAAAGCAUCACACUACUCUCCAUCAAUAGAAUCAGCGAUGUGUCAGUUACGAUUUCCGAACAUAGGACACUCAACAUCAUAAAGGGCGUAAUAUCACAACAUCAGCUUCUCGACUGUUCUAACUCUGAGGUCGAGGAAGGCCUGAAAGAUCAGGGUGUAGUAAAAACGCAGCGGAUUGUAAUUCGCCGAGACGGCAAAGAAAUCCCGACCAAACAUAUCGUACUUUCCUUUCAGCUGCACAAACUUCCGACAGACAUCAAAGCAGGAUAUAUCAACUGCCCCGUGCGACCUUGCGUUCCUAACCCACGUCGUUGCUUUAAGUGCCAACGUUUUGGGCACGGAUCGCAGGUCUGCCGGGGACGCACUACCUGCCCAAAGUGUGCCGAUACAGAUCAAAAUCAUACAGCAAAAACCUGUCAGAAUAAGAUUAAAUGUGCAAACUGCAGUGGCAAUCACCCAGUCUAUUCACGGUCCUGCCCUCAGUGGCAACAAGAAAAAGACAUCCUGAGGAUUAAAGCAACUGAAAACAUCACAUACAAAGAAGCAAAAACAAAAUUUGAGUUUGCCAAAAAAGGCGGUUAUGCGGCGGUGGUGCGUAGGGGAGCGACGCCACCGUCGAAAUCCGUAGAGACCCAGACGUCUGGGUCUUUACUCCAAGCUCCUCAAACACAACAACAGCCUGCGGAGACUUUCCCUCCGUUGGCUCCGGCUGCUCAGAUGGGCAGCCUGGAAAUCGUGACCACAACCUCUGCAGAGGUUGAUGGUGUACUCUCAGUCUGGGAUGGGCUCACUGGGAGUUCAGUCCAGACAGACACACACAACAUGGAGCUCGAUGAUGAUGACUGCAUGUCGCAGAAAUCAUCGUCAAGUCUCCCCAGUUCAUCUAACCCACGUGCUCCUUCCCAAAAGAAGGAGCAAAAAGAGAAACAAGGAGGCCGAGGUAGGGGCAAGUCCCAAGAUAAACAGAAAUUACCCCCACCAAGGGUUGUACCUCCUUAA